UUCCGCAUGUCCGCGCUACGCGCUAACGCGACACACGAUAGCUCAACAAGCCCAUCCCGGAAGACUUGGUCCCGAUCCUGGCCAAGGACGAGGAGAAGCAGCGCCAGAUCAAGGAGAAGUCCAGCAAGGAUGCCGAGUCCACGCAAGCCCGCGCGAUCAGCACCUCCGCCACGCUCACCGCGUCACCUUCCGCAAGCCGUGCACUCGCGUCGCCCGCCACACCCUCGCACCCGCCUGGGUCGGCGAAACCGUCCGCUGCUGCGCUCGGGAAGAGCUCGGCUGCGAAGCCCGCCACGGGCAAGGAACUGGCGAAGGGGAGGAUACCGAUGGUCAUCCAGUCGAUCCCGCCGUUCAAGGGCAAGCGCAACAGUGCGAUGCCUGCGCCGACGCCCAGUGCGGCGCCGACGGGCCAGAGGCCUGGUGUGGCCAGCCCGCUGAGCCCGACGGCUGUGAACAGGCUGAAUGUGAACGCGUCUUCGUUCAGGCCGACUGUGAAGUCUGUGUCUCCGCCUGGUGGUACGCCAAACCCGAACGGCACUUCGUCGUCGACCGCGUCGCCGAAGGUGAAAGCCGUGGAGAGCUCCGCGUCCCCGACGCAGGGCCCGCCGAACCCGUUCUUCGGGACACGGCUCCCCAAGAAGGGCGCGGUGGUGCACAUCAAGGAGGACUUCAACCCGUUCAAGCACCACAAGGUCACGGAGCCGAAUCAAGUUGGCGCGACGUGGCCCUAUUCGGGCAAGCGCUACAUGCUGAUGUUCCCGCCACUACCCCAGCCCAGCAGCAGUCCCCGCCGAUGCAACACCCUCCCCCUCCCUCGAUGCAGCCCCCGCCGCCGUACGAGCCGCCAGAAGACGCGGCCCAGCAGGCCGCCGCGCGGGAUAUGUCUAUGCUUACCCUCCUUACUACCCUGCUCAGGUAUGUCGUCGAUAGUGGGCGUGGUUCGUGCACAGGCUUGGUUCGCUUACGUUGUGUGAUUGUGUGAUAGUAUGGCCAGCCGAUGAUGCCAGGGAUGGCUCCGCCUCCCCCUGGUGCAUAAUUCCUGCUGGACCGCCGUUCAUGCAGCAUAUGCCUUACCCACAUAUGCCCCCGAAUGCG